CAAAAUUAUUGAGAAGCAGAAGGAGGAUCCAGAGUUGGCAAAAAUCAUUCAAGACAUUGAGGAAGGAAAAGAAAGCCCAUUUGAAAUGGUAGAUGACAUGUUGAAGAUGAAUGGAAGAGCAUGUGUUCCUAAUGUUGAUAACUUGAGGAAAGAGAUCCUAGAUGAAGCUCAUUCUUCUGCUUAUGCUAUGCACCCAGGAGCAACUAAAAUGUAUCACAUGAUCAAACCAUAUUUUUGGUGGCGUGGGAUGAAAAAGGAAGCGGCUGAACAUGUUUUCACAUGUCUAGUAUGUCAGAAAGUUAAGGCAGAACAUCAAGCUCCCGUGGGAAAACUGCAACCACUUCCAAUUCCAGAAUGGAAGUGGGAAAGAAUCACAAUGGAUUUUGUAUAUGGUCUCCCAUCAUCAAGGGGAAAAGAUGCAGUAUGGGUUAUUGUGGACCGACUGACCAAAUCGGCUCACUUUUUACCAAUUAGAUGGAAACCAUCACUGGAGACUUUGUCUCAACUAUAUAUUAAGGAGAUCGUCAGAUUGAAUGGUGUGCCAAUUUUUACUGUCUCUGAUCGAGACCCAAGCUUGACAUCUCGGUUUUGGCAAAGUUUACAUGAUGCCUUGGGAACUAAAUUACAUUUUACUUCAGCUUAUCAUCCUCAAACAGAUGGGCAGAGUGAACGAACUAUCCUAACUUUGGAGGAAUUACUUUGAUCAUGUGUAAUGCAAUGGGAGGAAUCAUGGAUUGACCAUUUGCCCCUGAUUGAGUUUGCUUACAACAAUCAAUACCAUAGUAGUUUGGGUGUUCCACCAUAUGAAGCACUUUAUGGGAGGAAGUGUAGAACACCAUUAUGUUGGGAUGUAGAAGGAGCAAGGCAAAUCUCAGGGCCAGAGAUAGUUCAGAUCACAGUUGAUAAGGUCAAGGAAAUCAGGGAGCGUAUAAGGGUGGCUCAAGAUCGAUAGAAAGUUUAUGUUGACACGAAUAGGCGUGAAGUUAAUUUCGAAGUGGGUGAGAAAGUAUUUCUCAAAGUGUCACCCUGGAAAGGCAUAAUGAGAUUUGGUAAGAAAGGGAAACUUGCACCUCGGUAUAUUGGGCCAUAUGAAAUCACAGAGAAGAUUGGACCAGUGGCUUAUAAGUUAGCAUUGCCUCCAGAACUAUCCCAAAUUCACAAUGUAUUUCAUGUUAGUAUGCUGAAGAGGUACAAAGUGGAUCCUUCCCAUGUUAUACAACCAGAAGAGAUCGAGUUGGGUUCAGAUUUGACUUUUGAGGAGGUUCCAGUUGAGAUUGUUGAUUUUCAGAUUAAGAAUCUUCGUAGGAAGGAAAUCCCAAUGUUGAAAGUGGUUUGGAGGAAUCAAGAAAGUGAGAGUGCUGCCUGGGAAACUGAAGCAAGUAUGCGAGAGAAGUACCCUGAGUUAGUAGCAACCUACUUUGCAGGUUAACAAUCUUGCCUAAUAAGUUAUGUUUUCAGCUUGUUGAUGUGCUUUUGUUGUGAUAGCCCAGUAUAGGUUUUUGAAACCUAAACAUGGGAACUUGAGGUGUUAUGUGUUAUUUUCUAUGUUAUGAUUCGCCUAUUCUAAGAGUUAGGUAAUGGUUUAUCUAUGAUAGACCAUGUUAAGGGUAAGUAAGAGGAGUUAGAGUUUGACUCAAGGUUAGAUUUCGGGGACGAAAUCUCUUAAGGAGGGGAGAAUUGUAACAUCCCAUUUCGGCUAAACCCAUAUUUUGAUCGCUAGAAAGUUCGCGAUUUAAAAUCGAGCAUUUCAACACUAUUUCGACGAAAAUCGGAUUAUCGAUCGAUCGGAUAAGUAUACGUAUUAAUUAAUUAUAUAUAUAUGGCAAAGGCUAGUGUACACCUGACGUACACUGUACAUCUGUGUUCACACCUAACAAUUAAUUAUUAAAUAUAAUUAAAUUAAUUAUUAAUACUAAUUAUAAUUAUAAUCAUACCAAUUAAUUAAUUGUUAUUUACAUUUUAAUCCAGCGAUUCUUAUCCUUCGUUAUUUUAAGUUUAGGGAUUUGCUCCCGGCCACGUUCACCAUAAAACUCUACCACUCUAGAUUGCUAAAUCCAAAUUACUAUCCAUCACCAUGGAAUUAAAAACAACAUAUUACACGAUGCUUUUUCAUGCAACUAUUCGUCAUUUAAUCACAACUCAAUCUUAAUUGCAUUAUAGAAAUACAUGCGUCGCCUCUACCGCCUUCGUCGGCAACAACGACGACUCCAACCCCGCACAUCCCAGUGAUGGUCCCAUUGAGAAGAGUGAAUCAUCCAGAAACCUAAUUUGUUUAUUGCAAGGCCCUAAUACAGUUAUACAGAUCUUUGUAUCUUUUAUAGAUAUUCAGGUGUUUGGGUUAGUAAAACACACUCCUCUCCCUCGCAUCGCGGCGGGAAUCCAAAGCAAAGGCCGAUCCGUUACUAGUUCCAGAUUGAGAGCUGAGCAAUCGGGCUGCGCUCGGCAACGAUUUCAUCGUGGAGAAGAGUGAACCAUUAGACAAGACUGAGAACACUAAUCCGUUUAUUGCAAGCCGUAACAUCGAUGUUUGGAUCUUUCUUUUUCAAUUUUUUCUUCCACUGUCGGUAGGGAAGAGAGAGAGGAUCCGAUCUGCCGAUGUUGAAUUAAGAAAGUCGGAAUUAAAAAAAGGAAGGUCUGUACGACUCAUAUAAAAAAAAUAGUGGAUCUUACUGUAAUUAUAAUAGUUAGUAACAAUUAUUUUAAUUUAAAUUCAUAUUAAUUAAUAAAUGUGAACACAGGUAUAUAGCAUACGCCAGGUGUAUGCUAGCCUGAACCAUAUAUAUAUAUAUAUUAAGCGGCGGGUCCAUUUUCUUUCCCCUCAUCAUCGUUUUAUUCUUUCUUUUUCUUCACCGAGAGAUAGCAGAGAAGCAGAGCCGCGCACGGAGCGCCUGGGGAAAAAUUUCAUAGCUCAAUUCUUGAACCCUAGUGAUCCAAAAACCCCGUAUGUAAUGCCUAAUUCAUCUAUACAUCGUGAUUUAUUGAUUUAGAGCUUUAAAACGAGUUUUUGGUUCAGGAAUUUCUUGAAUUCCCGAUAAGCCAAAUUAGGGUUUCGGAGUAUCCGGAAGCCGGAUUGAGCCCAAAUUUCAUAUACGAGCUUCCUGCAGCGACGUAAUCAAUCCUCUAGUUCUAA